GACAAGGAAUGAAGUAUGAGCCACUUCUUAUCCUUAAUAUGCAGCUAAAGUUGCAGGGUAAGAUCCCUUAGGAUGAUAGCCGGCUAGGUUGGUUAUAUAUUGGAGAGCGCAGCUCUUGGCUGCUCCGUGUGCGUGUGCCUGUGUAUUUCAGUCUCGCAGCUGCGGAGUGUAAUAGCAGAUGCUCGCCUGAGCUAAGCUGAUUUACUUGUUCAAGAUCUGACCUCAUCAUUUUGCCGGGAUGGGCUCCCACCUAGACUCUUCAGAAGAUCGCAACUGAGGGCGUGCAGGUGUGUGCCAGGAAAAGCAAAGAGAGACAAGGCUCCCAGGAAGGAAGGAUGGAGAGGAGACACUGACAAGCAGCAAGGAGAACAAGGGCUUGUUUGGUUGGAUAGAACAACUGGAUUUUGUUUUGUGGUUCUUGCUGCUUUUGCAAAGAUGUCAGUCUCUGGGAAGAAGGAAUUCGAUGUGAAGCAGAUCCUGAGGCUGCGCUGGAGAUGGUUCAGCCACCCCUCGCAGAGUUCCACCGGCACCGGAGGUUGCCUCCAGCAGGAAGGAUAUGAGCAUCGAGGGGCCCCGGUGCAGGGCAGGCUGAAAAGCCACUCGCGGGACAGAAAUGGGCUCAAGAAGAACAACAGCCCCAUCCACCACAACAUCUUGGCGCCCGUGCCCAGCGGACCGACCCCGGUGCCCCACCGCCCCAUCCAGACCUGGCAAGAGGACCUCAUCGAGCACCUUCAGGGGACAGAGGAGAUGCCCAAGGCUGGUCCCAAGGAGAACUAUGAGAAAGAGGAUCCCAACAAGAACACACAGGAAACACAAAUCAUCACAGAAGAGAACAGCGAGGAGGCAGUUGAGAGGCUAUCCAUAAGCAGCUGCUCUCCUGCAGAAGUGAAUAACAAUGGAUCCGAUGAAUACUUCCAUUCUGCAACUCAUGCGGAGCAAACGUUCCGCAAGAUGGAGAAUUACCUUCAGCAGAAACAACUAUGUGACGUCCUCCUCAUUGCUGGAGACCACAAGAUCCCUGCUCACAGGCUGGUUCUGAGCGCUGCCUCUGACUAUUUUGCUGCCAUGUUUACCAAUGAUGUCCGUGAGGCCAAACAAGACGAGAUAAAAAUGGAAGGUGUGGAUCCUGAUGCACUCAAAGACCUUGUGCGAUAUGCCUACACAGGUAUCUUGGAACUGAAAGAAGACACCAUUGAGAGCUUGUUGGCUGCAGCUUGUCUCCUCCAGCUUUCACAAGUCAUUGAGGUUUGCUGCAACUUUCUCAUGAAGCAGCUCCAUCCUUCCAACUGCCUAGGGAUCCGAUCCUUCGGAGAUGCUCAAGGUUGCACAGACCUCUUGCAAGUGGCCCAUGUGUACACUAUGGAACACUUCACCGAAGUAAUAAAAAACCAGGAGUUUCUCUUGCUGCCUGCCAGUGAAAUCGCCAAACUCUUGUCCAGCGAUGACAUCAACGUCCCGGAUGAGGAGUCCAUAUUCAAGGCGUUGAUGAUGUGGGUCCGGCAUGACUUGCACAACAGGCAACGGGAUCUUGGCAUGCUGCUGUCUUACAUAAGGCUGCCCCUCCUCUCCCCACAGCUCUUGGCAGAUCUGGAAAACAGCCCUAUGUUUACGGACGACCUUGAGUGCCAGAAGCUUCUCAUGGAAGCCAUGAAGUAUCACCUGCUCCCAGAAAGGAGGUCGAUGCUGCAAAGCCCUCGCACCAAGCCUAGGAAGUCCACCGUUGGCUCUCUUUAUGCUGUGGGAGGCAUGGAUGCCACCAAAGGCACCACAACUAUUGAGAAAUACGAUUUGAGGACAAACAGCUGGAUACAGAUUGGAACCAUGAAUGGGAGGCGGCUCCAGUUUGGAGUGGCUGUGAUUGACAACAAGAUCUACAUCGUGGGAGGAAGGGACGGCUUGAAAACUUCCAAUACAGUCGAAUGUUUCAAUCCAAUCACCAAAGCCUGGACUGUGAUGCCUCCAAUGUCAACUCACAGGCACGGAUUAGGUGUAGCAAUGCUUGAAGGACCGAUGUAUGCAGUGGGAGGCCACGAUGGCUGGAGCUACCUCAAUACAGUUGAGAGAUGGGAUCCUCAGGCUCGGCAGUGGAAUUAUGUAGCCAGCAUGGCAACCCCUAGGAGCACCGUGGGGGUUGCAGCACUCAACAGCAAGUUGUAUGCAGUCGGUGGGCGAGAUGGCAGCUCUUGCUUAAAAUCCAUGGAGUGUUUUGAUCCUCACACAAACAAAUGGAGCAUAUGUGCCCCGAUGUCGAAGCGACGGGGAGGCGUUGGCGUUGCAACCUACAAUGGGUUUCUGUAUGUGGUGGGAGGUCACGACGCACCUGCUUCUAACCACUGCUCUCGUCUUUCGGAUUGUGUGGAAAGGUAUGAUCCAAAGACAGACACUUGGACGACUGUAGCUCCAUUGAGUGUUCCUCGGGAUGCUGUAGGGGUCUGUCCUCUUGGAGACAGGCUAUAUGCAGUCGGAGGCUACGAUGGACACACCUACCUGGAUACCGUGGAAUCCUAUGAUGCCCAAAAUAACGAAUGGACAGAGGAAGUUCCAGUCAACAUCGGAAGAGCCGGCACCUGCGUUGUAGUUGUAAAGCUGCCAUGACAGACCUUUUCAGGUGUGAAAUAAUACAUGAGUACAGCUCCACAAAAGCAGCACGGCAUAAGCAGAGGAAAUGUAUCCUUGAAAGCCAUUCACACUGCUUUCAUUAAAGAUGGAGACGUGAAACGGAUGAACCAAUGUGAAGCUCGCGCAUGAAAACAACAUUUUCCCCCCCUGCAUUCCAAAGACAAACUCAACAGAUGUUCAAUCAUCAUGGUGACAUUAACCUCCAUUCAUAGCGGAGAGCUGGGUACACACUGUGCUUUGAAAAAAAAGAAAGCGAAAUUGUCGUCAGAGUGUCAAGAACAGCCACUUCUGUGUCAAGAACAGUAAUAAUACAACCAAUUCUGUACUUUUUGCAUUUAAUUGCUUGUCUUGUAUAGUAAUACUCGGUAUGGAGAAGAAAGGUGUAACAGGCUCAGAAAUGUCAAGGGGAAGGGAAACAUUAUUUGGAGGGGUUGUUAAUACAAGAAUGUACUCUAUUUGGAGGACUCCAGGAGUGGCAGAAUCCAUGGAGAUGCAAUGAUAUAGGCACUGGGGGCUUCAUAUCAGUUUUGAGGAGCUGCAUCUGAUGUACGUACUGCAUUUUGCUCACUGUGAUGUGGGGGUUCUCAGGCUGCCUCAAAACUUCCAAUCCCCAAUAAUGCACAUUUGUGUGUUUUUAAAGAUGUUAUUGCCCUUGAUUCUGUAUCAUGUACUUAGCAUAGCUAAGUAGUAGGCUUGGUUCAAAACUCAUUUUGGAUGUGGUUCAAUUCUAAAGUCAAUUCUAAUUUUCACAGAAAAAAUAUUCAAAACUUUUCAAAACUUCUGAGACUUCCAAAUCCUUUCAUUAAUGGUUUGAAAGUAUUAUUUUCUGUUUUAUUGGGUGGUUUUUUACUUUGAAAGUAGUUGUUUUACCCCAGAAGCAUGGAAAGGCAAGCAGAGGAAAUUCCUUCCUUCUCUGGUUUAAAUCUGGCUUCUCUGGCUUUAAAACUGGCUUGCCUGGUUUGAGCCGAGGCCAGGAAAUUCCUUCCUUCUCUGGUUUAAAAUUGGCUUCUCUGGUUUGCACUGAGGCCAGGAAAUUCCUUCCAUCACUGGUUUAAAACUGGCUUCUCUAGCUUUGAAACUGGCUUUGGCUUGAGCCAAGGCCAGGAAAUUCCUCCCUUCUCUGGUUUAAAACUGGCUUCUCUGGCUUUAAAACUGGCCUCUCUGGCUUGAGCCGAGGCCAGGAAAUUCCUUCCUUCUCUGGUUUAAAACUGGCUUCUCUGGCUUGAGUUAAGGCCAGGAAAUUCCUUCCUUCUCUGGUUUAAAACUGGCUUCUCUGGCUUGAGCCGAAGCCAGGGACCAGAAGCAGGGAAAAGCAAGCAGAGGAAAUUCCUUCCUUCUCUGGUUUAAAACUAGCUUCUCUGGCUUUAAAACUGGCUUCUCUAGCUUGAGCCAAGGUCAAAAAAUUCAUUCCUUCUCUGGUUUAAAACUGGCUCUUGUGGCUUGAUCCUAGGCCAGGGACCAGAAGUGGGGAAAAGCUUUAUAAUUUCCAACUCAAUUCCUGAGUCGUAACAAAAAGUGCCAGAAAAAGCUUCAGAAGGGCAAAGGGACUUCCGGUUUUUAAAAAAGCUUUUCUAUCACUUCAAAAAGGUAAUUUUAACAAAAUUAUUAUGAGCAACAAGUUAUUCGAGCGACUGUCCAUGCCUACUAAGUAGUAUCUCCCAACCUGACUUACCAUUUACAGGGUAGCAGCUGCUGCAAGCAGCAGAGGCCUGUUCUGUUGAUUUGGAUGUUCCCAUCUCCAGUGAGUGAUUUUCAGCAUGACGCUCAGGGUCCAUCCAGACAGGACCUUUAUCCCAGAGCUUCCACAGCUGGAGAGUGUCCAGAUGCCGUUCCCUGUAAACAUGGAAGUAAUCGCUCCAAAGGCAAAAAACACGAGAUUUCCAGCUGUGGGAAUAUCGCGGUUUUGAGCCAAAUAUGUGGACCUUCACAUGUCUGUAAGUCCCUGCGAUCAAAAAUCUGGGUUUGUCCUGGGUUUUAGAUGUUUGUUCCUGAUUGGUCAGUCCCUAAAAAGAAGGUGACAUUUAAGUAGAAAGCAAAAACUUUGUUUGUAUGCCAAAAACUUCAUUAAACAUGUGAAGGGCACAUUUUCACUGGCCAGGACAAAGAACGGAAUUUUUGCAGUGAUUUGCGGCAGUGAUUUUCCGCAUGUCCUAAUCUUGGGGUUUUUCUAAACACCCCCCCCCCAAAAAACCCCCCAAAGUUUCUGGCCGAAGUCCCACAGUGGCCAUCUUGGGAGCCGGUAAAUCUCACAACAAAUCAUCAAGUCUUGACAACGGAGGCAGAAAUCCCGAGACCAACAGGUCUGUAUGUGGACUUCUUCUGAAUACAUGUUGAUUGGGGUGGAUUUGAUUAUCUACUGCCUUUCCUAUAUGACUGAUAGGAUUUUAGGAUAGAUCCUGGCACAUAAAUACUAGCCAUGAAAAGACCCAAAACUGAGGAGCAAGGCAGUCAGAGGACAAACCAGGGGCUACCUAAGAGCACAGGUCAUGGAGCACAACAAUGUCUAGGAAGGACCUGUCCUUCAAGAGAGGUUCAAAUAGUGCCGGGAGCCCUCUUUUCUGCCUUCUUGUCAAGUGGAAUUCACCCUGGAUGUUGCCAAUUAUAAGACAAUAUAAAGAUAUAAAUCUAUAUUGAAAUUAAUGCAGAGAAAGGAUCUAAGCAACCUAACUUUGGGAGAUGGAUGUGGGAAUAUGUGGAUGCUAUGUGAAAUAAAUAAGGAAAAUAUAAAUCCA